UGUCUGGCUAUCAAAGCAUUAGCAGAUGUCUUCAUCUCCUUCCCUGGCCACAGAAGACUCUGUGACAUCAAAGAGGAGUUCUAUAGGAUUGCAGAUGGUCUGCAAUGCUGACUGUGUGAUCAGCAAUGUUGUGGCAAAAUGGCCUGGCUCAGUCCAUGACUCCAGAAUCUUUCGGGCCUCUGAAAUCUAUCAGUGCCUAUCACAAGGUGAAUUCUCUGGUGUGUUGCUGGGAGACAGGGGGUAUGGCUGCCAGCCUUUUCUCCUGACACCUUUCACAGACCCCCAGGAAGCACAGCAGGCCUACAACCAUGCCCAUGCCAGGACCAGGGCCAGAGUUGAAAUGACCUUUGGCCUCCUGAAGGCACGCUUUCACUGCCUUCACAAAUUAAGGGUCAGCCCUGUUAGGGCAUGUGAUAUUACUGUGGCUUGUGCUGUCCUCCACAAUGUGGCCUGCCUGAGGAAGGAGAGGGGGGCCCCAGAGUGCCACCAGCCAUGGACUGGGACAAUCCGCGCAAUCUUCCGUGUAGCGACAGUGGUCGGCUGCUGA